AUGAUUGAGCCAGAAGUUAAGAAUAAACUUAGGUUUGAAGAUCCUUUAGAACCAGUAGAACUUUAUCUCGAUGGAAAAAAAGUUAUAUCUAUUGCAAACAUCACAAGUGACUCCAACGAUCAAAAAGAUUUUACUCCUCUAAACGAACUGAUCAGUUUGAGGACUCUUUCAUUGAAUUGUACUCACUUAAAUUUACUAGAAGGGUUUCCAACGUUGCCUAAACUAAGAAGGCUCGUUUUAUCCGAUAAUAUAAUAUCGGGUGGACUGGAGGCGCUGGCAAAUGCUAAAUUAGAAAAUUUAAACCAUCUUGAUCUAAGUAAUAACAAAAUAAGUGAGGUCGUAGUACUCGAGCCACUGCGUGAUUUACCGAGCCUUAAACAUCUGAGUUUAAUGGAAUGUCCAAUCACAAAGAUUCCAAAUUAUCGAGAAGAUGUAUUUAAAAUUAUACCUCAAUUGGAUUCACUUGAUGAUCAAGAUCGGUAG